AUGUCCAAGGUAUUCAUCACAGGAGUAACAGGAUACAUUGGCGGUGAUGUCUUAUCCCAGCUCAUCGUUCAAUAUCCCACCUUCACAUAUCGGGUCCUCGUCCGCACAGAAGAGAAAGGAAAGCAAAUCCAAGCCCGAUAUCCCCAAGUGCAGAUAGUAUACGGUGAUCUCAACGACUCGACUAUUCUAAAGGAGGAGAGCGCCCAUGCAGAUAUCAUCAUCCCCAACAAACCAAACCCAGAUUCUGCCGACGCAGCAGACAACCUCCCAGCUGCGAAAUCCAUCGUCGCAGGCAUUGUUCAAGGCCAUACCCCAGAGCGACCGGCAUACUGGCUCCACACCAGCGGAGCAGGGAUCUUCAGCUACAUCGACGAAGACGAGAAAACAUACGGCAUGAAACGAGCCAAGAUCUUCGACGAUUGGGAUGGCAUCAAAGAGAUAGUCUCCAUCCCGGACCAUGCAUUCCACAGAGACGUGGACAAGGUCGUGCUCGAGGCAGCGGGCGCUCAUGCAGAUGUAUUGCGUGCGGCUAUUAUCUCACCCGUCACAGUUUACGGUGUUGGUCGUGGACCCUGUUCACAGCGUAGUCGACAGGUUUAUGAGUUGGCGCGGACGACGAUUAAAUGGGGGAAAGCUCCUAUUAUUGGACUGGGAGAGUCUAUGGGGACUAAUGUUCACAUCCAUGACUUGACGGAUCUGUUCGUUUUGUUUGUACAGGGUGCGCUAGAUGGGAAUGAGCUACUAUGGGGUCCUGAAUCAUAUGUCCUUGCGGAGAAUGGGGAGCAUUGCUGGGGAGAUCUGGCGAGGUCAAUUGCACGGAUUGCCGUUGAGGCAGGAUUCAUAUCGAGUGCUGAGGAGCAAACCAUGGACAUUCAGCAGGCUCGGGAUCAGGCUGGAUUUGAGGCUGCCAGUUGGGGGCUAAAUGUUCGGUGUCGGGCCCUUCGCGCGCGUAAGCUGGGCUGGAAGCCGACCCGGCCGAGUCUAGAGGCUGAAUUACGGGAGAUCAUUCAAGGGGAGUGGGAUUUACUGCAGUGA